AUGGAUCAGAUUACACCAAUGACUCCAGAGAUAACGCACCAAAGGUUUUUGGCAAUAGAACACCAUAUGGCUGCACAGGAGGAACAAUUUGGAAAUGCUAUACAGAGGAUGAGCAAACAAUAUAUGAAUUCAAGAAAUGUUAGUGCUCGUGGAUCAACAAUAGAGGGAAAUGACACAGCCACAGGAGCAGCGCAUGUGGAGGUUACCUCCGGGCAUGGGUUGAGCAGUUGGUACUACCCAUUAGUCUCAAGCCAACCCGCAUUCAUCUCACCAUCUGGGAAUUUCACGUUUGAUGGGCGUCAAUUACCUCCGUUGUCUGCCCAAUAUAGUGGCCCAAUAAUGAUGCUUAGAAUACCAUGGGGACAACAAGUCCCUUAUCAGAAUUAUCAUGUGGCAAGCCCAGAAACACAGCAUUUAGGAGUUGUAACAAAAAAUGAUGUUGCAAGGAAUGCACAGACGACGAAUCAAGGUCAGUGGCAAAAUACGACAUUUCAAAUACCGCCACCAGUUCAAACUCAGCAAGGACCAACAAUGGUUCCACCACAAGUGAUUGCUCAAGAAGAUGUUCCCAGAAUAACUCAUGGACCACAAGGAACGCUAGGACCCUUUCUUCAAGGUCCUAUUGGAGCAGGAACUAAUCAAGGUCCUACUUUUGAAAACCCAGAACGCGCUGGUCAAAAUGUACAAGGAAGCAAUGACCGCCUUUUUAUAAUGUAUCAAGAUCGUGCUGCGCCACCAGUAUCAAUAGGUGCUACUAUGACCACGAAUUUGGCUGACGCUCAUAUACCUCAAGGGUCUAUAGUAGUUAUUGCUAAUCCGAAAAUUGCUGCUGGCCAUCCUUAUGGAAAUCAUAAUGGCGCUAAUGUUAAUCUGCACAAUCCGCAGCAACAACGGUUUUUUAGCCAAAGGGCUGGUCAUCACCUAGUGGAUCUUUGCAAUGAAUUUCGACAAGAACCAGAUGCAACAGCAAAUGUUAUUCAGCAACAGGAUUUUGAAGUAGGGGUUGAACAGACUUUAAAUGCUGAAGAAAUAUUUUCAAGGAUGGUAGAAGAUAGGGUUCGUAAAGAGUUGGGUACAGAGAUUUCAGAAGUGCCAGAGAAACCAUAUCCUGAUUUUGUUGAAUGGAAGCCAUUGCCAAGAAACUUCGGGAGAGGAUGA